AUGGGUAUUUCAGAUGACCCCUUAGUCAAACGACUAAUCGACGACUCGUUGAGGUUCGAUGAGUUCGCAACUAAACGGUUGUGGAACCAUCUCUUUUCGAAGGAGAUUUUUUACGAGAAGGAAUUUGUCGUGGGCCCUGAGCAGCCUCCAACAUAUCUGGAAUCUCGGAGACGGGUCGACUUUAUCAUUGAACGGUUUGACGGCCGAGACUUCGUCUGUCAGGUCAUGGUCGAGCUGAAGAAGGCCAAGUCUGGGCCUCAAGACGUCUUAGAUGCGGAGCAUCAGCUGUUCACCGCUUGUUACGAAUAUUAUCUGGAGAACCCCGCCCAGACACGAAUGUGGACGUGCAGUAUAUGGGGUCCCAAUGUCCGCAUCUGGGCUUUCGACGCUGGGCAAGGCUUCCUGACCCCCGCACUCCCGGCCUAUGGCGACUCGGGGGACAAAUCGUCCUACCUCGACUUUCGAACGUCGGAAGCAAUUCUGAUGGAAUACUUCGAGAAAAUCAAGCGA